UUUUUAAGGGAGAAUGGUCCAAACCUAUUUCUAAAUUUUGUAUUGACCUCUCAGCUAGAAAGUCACAGCCUUAUUCCUACACUACAGCCUAACUUAAGUCACAAUAUUUUAAGUUUUUCAUUACAAUUUAAAUGGGAUAAAAUAACUUUUUAUUGGGCCCAUUACAGAUCUGAUUAUCAAGUUUUUGUGAGAUCAUCAUUGAAUUGACAAUUCCAUGUAUAGUUAAAACAAGUAAACUAUAUUUGUCAGUCACAUGGAUUGCAAUUGCAAAAUUUAAUGAAAUGACGUACAUUUUAUCACAUAGGCAUUUCCUUUAUUAAAGUGCAUUUAAUUAGAUAGAUCUGCAUAUUGAAGGAGACAAUAUUUACAUUAAUAAUCUUUUUCACUUCAGUGAUAACAAUAUAGUUUACAGAAGCUAACAAAUAAAUGUGUGUAUGAAGUUGACACCAAUUUGAUGUACAGCCUUAAGAUGGAGAACCAGUUUGUGUACACAAAGAAGAGGAGCGAGUUUGGACGUCAAUGCAUUUUCAAUGAUGAGGGACCUAAGAACAUCGACAAUCUGAUGCCCAACAAGGCACUGAUGGACGAAUAUAUUCUGCGAGACCCAGUCCAUCGUGGAAUUCAAUGUAGCAAGACGUAUGCCGAACAUGACCUGAACACGAUACGAGCCGAGUAUGACCAACACAGCAUGAACCAUGCGGAGGGUGGCUGGCCCAAAGACAUCAACCCUCUGGACAUAGAGCAGACCAUGCGCUUUCGCAAGAAAGUGGAGAAGGAUGAGAUGUAUAUACACACUGUGCUUCAGUUAUCUCAUCCGAUGGAACACUGUAUCUUCCAGAACAACGCAGUCAACAUAUACGAGUUGUACUUCACCGAUGAUGACCAAUCUGCACUCGUGGAGAGGUCCAAGUCCCGGACAGUCAAUGUCUUCAGAGACCCCAGUGCUCACAAACGGCCGAUACACCACCUGUCUUGGUCACCAGAUGGAGGCUCCAGGUUGGCCGUAACUCACUGCAACCUUGAGUUCCAACGGGCACCACCAGAUCUCAGCACCCACUCCUACAUCUGGCAAGUUGAGAACCCCAACAAGCCCGAGCUGGUGUUACAGCCAACUGUGCCUCUGGUGUGUCUGGAGUACAACCCCAAGGAUCCCCACAGCCUGGUGAGUGGGCUACACAAUGGACAGGUGGCAUUCUUUGAUACUAGACGCGGUGGUGACCCAGUGGAGUUGUCCUCUCUGGCGCACAGUCACCGUGACCCAACACACCAGGUGCUGUGGAUCAACUCCAAGAGUGGAACUGAGUUCUUCUCUGCCUCAUCAGACGGCCAGGUAAAGUGGUGGGAUGUACGCAAACUGAACGAGCCCAUGGAGACACUCAUACUGGAUAUGACCAAGGGUGAGGAACAAUCCCUUAACAGGGCUCUGGGAGCAUCUUGUCUGGAGUAUGAGCCAACAAUACCUACACGAUUCAUGAUAGGGACUGAGAACGGCAUCGUCAUAGCUGGCAACCGCAAGGGGAAGACACCCCAGGAGAAGCUCGGGGCCACAUACAAAACCCACCACGGUCCCGUCUACGCCCUACAGCGUAAUCCUGCCUUCGUCAAGAACUUCCUUACCAUUGGAGACUGGACAGCUAGAAUCUGGAGUGAGGACUGCAAAGAGUCUUCCAUCAUCUGGACUAGCUACCACCGGUCAUUCCUGACAGGCGGCAGCUGGAGUCCCACGCGGUACUCUGUGUUCUACACCACUCGGAUGGAUGGCACAGUGGACGCCUGGGACAUUCUACAGAACCAAAGAGAGGCUUGUCUUUCUGUCAAGGUCUGCGAUGAGCCACUAAGAUGCUUGCGUUGCCACGAGUACGGAGAGUUGGUUGCUGUCGGCAAUGAUCGGGGAACAGCCUACCUUGUUGAGUUCUCCGAAAAUCUUGCAGUCUCAGCCAAAAAUGACAAGGCUCUUCUCACGGCGAUGUUUGAGAGGGAGAGCCGGCGUGAGAAGAUCAUCGAGGGCAAGAUGCGGGAGAUACGCCUACGAGUACGAACACGCCAGAGUGAGGCUCACAGCGCAGGUUCGCGUGACAGUCGGCCGUCUGUGCCCCAGCAGUCGGCUGCUGACAUAAUGCUGCAUACGGCUGAGGAGGAGUUUUUUCAAAUUAUUGAAGAUGAAGAGGCCCGGGCUGCUGGCAAAGAACCAGAGAUACCAUCUGCUGAAGAGGUUGGACCAACAGACUAGACUUGAACUGUAUAUAAAAUAUAAAUACAUUGUUGUUGUUGUUAAAA